AUGCGGAUGCUAUUAAGACCAGGAAUUAUAUUUCACACGGAUACAAAGCCUUCUCGUGUUUUCGCCCUUUGUAAGCAUCUAUCAUCUUCCUCUGAUAAUGGCGAAAAUCGUGAGAAGCCGACAACAUUUGAGGGUAACAGACAAGUUGUUAACGAAAUCUGCAAUGUUUUGGAGAGUGGUCCAUGGGGACCUUCCUCUGAGAAUGCUCUGUCCGCUCUAAACUUGCAUCCCCAACCAGAGUUGAUCAUUGGGGUGUUACGAAGGCUGAGAGAUGUUGACCGUGCAAUUGGUUAUUUCCGUUGGUACGAGAGAAGAACUGAGAUGGCGCAUUGUCCUGAAUCCUACAACUCCUUGCUCUCGGUGAUGGCUCGGUGCAGAAAUUUCGAUGCUUUGGAACAGAUUCUUGGAGAAAUGAGCGUUGCAGGGUUUGGCCCGUCUGUCACCACUUGUAUCGAGAUGGUUUCGAGCUGCGUUAAGGCGAAUAAGCUUAGGGAAGGCUUUGAUGUUCUGCAGAUGAUGAGGAAGUUCAAGUUUCGACCUGCCUUUUCAGCUUACACAACUCUUAUCGGUGCUUUCUCGGCAGUGAACCAGUCUGAUGCGAUGUUGACACUCUUUCAGCAGAUGCAGGAGUUAGGAUACGAACCAACCGUUCAUCUGUUUACGACACUGAUUCGGGGAUUUGCCAAAGAGGGCCGAGUUGACUCUGCUUUAUCUUUGCUUGAUGAGAUGAAGAGCAGCUCACUCGACGCCGACAUUGUUCUUUACAACGUAUGUAUAGAUUGCUUCGGUAAAGUGGGCAAAGUUGAUAUGGCUUGGAAGUUUUUUCAUGAGAUGGAAGCGAAUGGUUUGAAGCCUGAUGAAGUCACUUAUACUAGCAUGAUAGGAGUUCUGUUCAAGGCCAACAGAUUAGACGAAGCUGUAGAGAUGUUUGAGCAUUUGGAGAAGAACAGACGGGUCCCUUGCACUUAUGCUUACAACACGAUGAUUAUGGGUUAUGGUUCGGCUGGGAAAUUUGAAGAAGCAUACAGUCUCCUAGAGAGACAAAGAGCAAAGGGGUCUAUACCGAGUGUGAUCGCAUAUAACUGCAUUCUCACAUCCUUGAGGAGAAUGGGAAAAGUUGACGAAGCUUUGAGAUUGUUUGAGGAGAUGAAGAAGGAUGCCGCUCCAAACCUUUCAACCUAUAAUAUUCUCAUUGACAUGCUGUGUAGAGCUGGUAAGCUUGACUGUGCUUUUGAGCUACGCGAUUCUAUGCAGAAGGCUGGUCUGUUCCCUAACGUUAGGACCGUGAACAUAAUGGUUGAUCGGCUCUGUAAAAGACAAAAGCUUGAUGAAGCUUGUGCUAUAUUUGAGGAGAUGGAUUAUAAGGUUUGUACACCAGAUGAGAUUACAUUUUGCUCGCUCAUAGAUGGCUUAGGGAAGGUCGGAAGAGUUGAUGACGCUUACAAAAUCUACGAGAAGAUGUUGGAUGCUGAUUGUCGCACAAACUCUAUCGUCUACACAUCCCUCAUAAGGAACUUUUUCAACAACGGGAGGAAAGAAGAUGGCCACAAGAUAUACAAGGAGAUGAUUAAUCAAAAGUGUUCUCCUGAUUUGCGGUUUCUUAAUACAUACAUGGAUUGCUUGUUUAAGGCUGGAGAACCGGAGAAGGGAAGGGCGAUGUUUGAGGAAAUAAAAGCCCGUGGGUUUGUUCCAGAUGCUAAAAGCUACUCGAUUUUGAUUCAUGGACUAAUAAAAUCGGGAUUUGCGAAUGAAACUUACGAGUUGUUUUAUUCCAUGAAAGAGCAAGGCUGUGUCUUGGACACGCAGGCUUACAAUAUUGUCAUUGACGGUUUCUGCAAGUGCGGGAAAGUUAACAAAGCUUACCAGCUGCUGGAGGAAAUGAAGGCAAAUGGUUUUGAACCAACCGUUGUCACAUAUGGUUCAGUCAUUGACGGACUUGCGAAGAUAGACCGGCUCGAUGAAGCUUAUAUGCUCUUUGAGGAAGCAAAAUCAAAUAGAAAAGAGGAGCUAAACGUGGUGAUUUACAGCAGUCUUAUUGAUGGGUUUGGGAAAGUUGGCAGGAUAGAUGAAGCCUACCUUAUUUUGGAAGAGCUUAUGCAGAAAGGCUUAACACCGAAUGUUUAUACAUGGAACUCAUUGCUUGAUGCGUUGGUCAAAGCGGAGGAGAUCAACGAAGCCCUCGUAUGCUUUCAGUCGAUGAAGGGAUUCAAAUGCACGCCAAACCAAGUUACUUACGGUAUCCUAAUAAAUGGUCUUUGCAAAGUGAGGAAAUUCAACAAGGCAUUUGUCUUUUGGCAAGAGAUGCAGAAACAGGGGAUGAAACCCAGCACAAUCUCCUACACGACAAUGAUUUCGGGACUUGCAAAGGCUGGGAAUAUCGCAGAGGCCGGUUCGCUGUUUGAUCGGUUUAAGGCAAACGGCGGCGUUCCAGACUCUGCUUGUUAUAAUGCUAUGAUCGAAGGUCUAAGCAGCGGAAACAGGGCAAUGGAUGCCUUUUCCCUUUUCGAGGAAACACGUCGAAGAGGAUUAAAUAUCCAUACCAAAACAUGCGUUGUGCUUUUGGAUACUUUGCAUAAGAAUGAUUGUCUUGAGCAAGCAGCUAUUGUUGGAGCUGUUUUGAGGGAAACGGGAAAGGCACGGCACGCUGCAAGAUCUUGGUAG